AGGUCGCGAUGACGUGAUUGUAGGGCGGUGCUACGGUUGUUGUGGUGACUGAGAGAAGGGGGGUCAGAGGUCGCCCGCGCGGGAGCAGGAAGCGGUACAGAGCCUGGGUUCGGGCUCCGAACAUGCACAGCCUGGCCACAGCGGCGCCUGUGCCGACCGCACUAGCCCAGGUGGACAGAGAGAAGAUUUACCAAUGGAUCAAUGAGCUGUCGAGUCCCGAUACCCGUGAGAAUGCCUUACUGGAGCUCAGCAAGAAGCGGGAGUCCGUCCCAGACCUCGCACCCAUGCUGUGGCACUCGUUCGGCACCAUUGCUGCACUUUUACAGGAAAUUGUAAAUAUAUAUCCAUCAAUAAACCCACCCACGCUGACAGCUCAUCAGUCUAACAGAGUCUGCAAUGCCCUUGCACUACUGCAGUGUGUCGCCUCACACCCUGAAACCAGGUCUGCGUUUCUCGCAGCCCACAUCCCUCUGUUCCUCUACCCUUUCCUGCACACCGUAAGUAAGACUCGCCCGUUUGAAUAUCUGCGACUUACCAGCCUUGGAGUCAUUGGAGCACUUGUGAAGACAGAUGAACAAGAAGUUAUAAACUUCCUCCUGACCACAGAGAUAAUCCCACUGUGCCUGCGUAUUAUGGAGUCUGGAAGCGAGCUCUCCAAAACGGUUGCAACGUUUAUCCUUCAGAAGAUUCUGCUGGACGAUACAGGCCUCGCUUACAUCUGCCAGACAUAUGAGAGAUUUUCUCAUGUUGCUAUGAUUUUGGGUAAAAUGGUGCUGCAGCUUUCAAAAGAGCCAUCGGCCAGGCUGCUGAAACACGUCGUCCGUUGCUAUCUUCGCCUGUCUGACAACCCAAGAGCACGAGAGGCAUUGAGACAGUGCCUUCCUGACCAAUUAAAAGACACCACUUUUGCCCAAGUACUGAAGGAUGACACCACAACCAAACGCUGGCUGGCACAGUUGGUUAAGAACCUGCAAGAAGGUCAAGUAACUGACCCCAGAGGAAUACCUCUCCCUCCUCAAUAAUCACUCCCAUCAAGCGAGGAGGAAUGUGGUGCGGCCGUUACACAUACGCAGAGCAAGUCCAAUGAUAAAAGUGAAGAUUAUGGAAGAUUUUUUAAGACAUGGGUUGUAAUCUUGCCUGCUUCUUGGCUGCGGUGUGCCUGCAUGACAUCGAAAAGUAACAUAACUGUAAUCCUGAAGAAGGAUAAAGGCUUCUACACCAGCAAAAAUACAGGACUACAGCUGCAUUACAUGGACUGUAAGAUUAUAGUUUUCUUGUUGACCAAGACAUGACUGCUUCAGUGUUUUGUAUUUCCUUUUGAGAAAAAAAACUUGAGGGAGAAGGUGGGGUUGAUCUCUGUCCUGUGAGUAUCUUCUGACUUCCAAAGUUUACAAUAAAAUAAACCGUAAUGCAGUCA